AUGGUGCCGUGGUGCCCGUGCGCCCACCAGGAGGUGGAGUUCCCCACGGCCAGCCUUGACUCCGUGCCAGGCGAUGCGGAGGGCGGGAUAGAGAUGACCAACAGCAUGCGAAUGCUGCGCCAGUACUGCCUCAUGUUCGCCUCAAAAGGCCCCCCACCCUCCUCCGUGCGCCUUUUCUUCCCGGACGCCAACGAGCUGCCGGCAGCGCAGGAGGUGUUUGAGGGCACGGCGUUCCCCCUGGACUGCCUGACCAAGCCCACGGGGCUGGAGGACAUCGGCUUCUCGCGCAAGCUGCCCCUCGCUGACCGCGUGGCCGCCUCCGACCGCCUCUUUGUCGCCGCCUACCCCUACUUCAACGUCAACGAAAUGCUGGCCGUUGAUGAUCUCUACCGUGACGUGGCAAGCCAAAAGGGGCAGCCAAUCGUUGUCUUCAAUGGAGAGCUCGAUCGGAUCCGAUCAGGAUACUACCCGUCAUUCUUUUACCCGAAACUGGCCAAAAUCAAUAAGCACGCAGCCAUGGCGUCCAAACGAGGUGGAACGACGACGGGAGCCAAGUUUCGAGUGACCCUGGGUCUGCCGGUGGCGGCGGUGGUGAACUGCGCGGACAACACGGGCGCGAAGAACCUCUUCAUCAUGUCGGUGUGCGGCAUCAAGGGCCGCCUCAAUCGCCUGCCGGCCGCCGCCGUCGGCGACAUGGUGAUGGCGACGGUCAAGAAGGGCAAGCCCGACCUGCGUAAAAAGGUGCUACCGGCGGUGAUCGUGCGGCAGCGCAAGCCGUGGCGCAGAAAGGACGGCGUGUUCAUGUACUUCGAAGACAAUGCGGGAGUCAUCGUGAACCCGAAAGGAGAAAUGAAAGGGUCGGCCAUCACGGGCCCGCACCCUCUGGCACUAGAGGGCGGUGGAAGUGGAGGGCAGCAAGGCCAGACUGCCAGCGAGGGGUGGCAGAGUGACACGUGGCGCGAUCUGAGUGGCGAGUUUGAUGAGUCGGAUGACGAAGGCGGCGAGGGCAGCAGCCGGCGGGGGAAAGAAGAUGGGGGGGAGCAGACGCUGGGCCAGGGGGGGGAGCAAGCGCAGGUGAAGAGGGAAAGGCAUGGACUAGGGGGAAUGGCUGGGCUGGGGAGCGCAGAGCAGGGGGCAGCAGGCGAGGCAGGGGGGGCGGGCGGGCGGGCGGGCCAGAAUGUGGAGAUGGACGGGCGUGGUGGCGGGGCGGCUGACACAGCACGACCAGCAGAGGGGGCGAGCGGGGCCAGGUGGGCGGGGGAGGAGGCGGGUGUGGAGGGCGAAGCGUGGCGAGUGGAGGAGGCGUGGACGGAGUGGGACCGAGUCGUGGGGUGCGAGCGAUUCCGAGCCAAACACGCAGGCCACAGCAGCAGCAGCGGUGGUGGCGGCAGCAGCUUCCAGGGCGAGGAGGCGAGUGACUGCUCGGUGCUGAAGCUGCCCCAUGUCACCGUGCAGUCCCCCAACCGCGAUCGUCCGGUGGCAUUCCCAUCCCGCUGCCCUUGCAACCACGCGGUGCAGGUCAUGGCGUCGUCGUCGCUGCCCGCGUGGCUGGAGGGCUUCUUCUCGUGCCCCUGCGGCCUCUCCUGCACGCUGUCGCGCAGUGAGGUGCUGGCCGCGCGCCCCGACGCCAUGCUGUACGAGGGGGGCGCGCCCAGGGGGGUGAGAGUCAAGGGCGACCCGCUGCUCGUGCACGUGGCCAUGGAGGCGGAGGGGGAGGGGGGAGAGGGGGGAGAGGGCGCGCAGGCAGGCAGUGGGGUGGAUGUGACGGUGGGGUAUGGCCCGGGUGCGGACGUGCAGUGCACGUAUGCAACCAACCUGCUGCUCGCCGACCACAACCGCCUCAUUGCUGCUGCCAAGUCCCCCGCUCUGGCCAUCUUCCAUGCCUCAUCGCGCUACUCGCCGUGGCGGGCGGCAGCAGCGCCGCUGCUACUGGCGCACCCCCUCACGCACCGCUUCGGCCUGCAGACGCCCCUCCCGCUGCGCCGCUCCCUGCGCCGUGCCUUCCCCCGCUGCCAGUACUCGCACGCACCCAAGGGGGCAGGGGCGCAGGGCGCAGGGGCGCGGGGGCAGGCGCAGGUGCUCGGGCAAAGGGGGACGGGGGGGCCUGGUGUAGGAUUCUUGGGUGGGGCCGUUGCAAGGGGGACAGCAGCUGUGGGGGGGAGCGGAAGGGGGGGUGCAGUGGCGCAAGGGGAGGUAGGGGGGAAGGAGGGGCAGGGGGAGAAGGAGGGAGAGGGGAGUGCAGGGGGGGCGGAGGAGGGGGCAGGAUGGACGGCGAGGGACCGGGAGAUGGCUGGCGUGGACGAGGCAGUCGGGGGUGGCGGGGGAGGAGGGGCGCGCGGGGGGCCGUAUGCGGGGUGGUGGGGGGAGCUGGCGUGUGCACAGUCGCACUUCCUCUUCUCCCUCGCCAUCGAGCGCCACCACCGCCCCGCCUACGUCACUGAGAAGUUCUUCCUGCCCCUCCUCGCAGGCAGUGUGCCGAUCUACUACGGGGCGCCAGACGUGGGAGAGUUUGCCCCACCGGAGUCGUUCAUGGAGGGCGGGAAGGAGAGCCAGGAGAGCAUAGUGCGGCGCGUGCACGCCAUGCGCAGCAACGCCGCGGCGUACCUCUCCCUGCACGCCUGGCGCCGGUGCGGAGUGCUGGGGGGGCUGCAGCGAGCGCUGAGGAUGGGGUUUGACACUCUGCCGUGCCGCCUGUGCCGUCGCAUCAGCGCCAUGGGGGGGCGCGCACACACCUCGCAACCUCGCUCUGCUGAAGAGGAUGCUGCUGCUGCUGGGGGUGAUGGAGAUGCCAUGAACUCGGUCACAACUGUGAUUUGA